AUGGUUCAAAUAACAGCAAAAAUUAAUUCAGUUUCGUCCUGUGAAAGAAGUUCCACAGAAGUUAGAAAGAAGUGGAGUGAUUGGUCAUCCGCUAUUUUUUCUAAGGGAUCUAAAAUAAAGCAAAGUCAACAAAGGACUGGCGGCGGGAGCAGAGACACAUUCCCGUUAAGUCCUUUACAAGAAAUUGUUCUAGAUACAAUUGGUGUUACAGCUAUCGAGGGUAUUGUUGGUGGACGAGACUCGGCCGUUUAUCCUGAAAGCAACGAGAUGAAUAGUGCAAACAACACCUCGCAAAGUUACAACUAUCUGGCUGAAUUAGAUGAUGAUAGUGACAGUUCCGUUCAGUUUGUAGAUGUUGGGGAUUCUGUUAAAAGUUCAACCCCAAAACCACUCAACCUAAAAGAACCUACUCCAUCCAUGAACACCAACUGUGGAAAGAGAACUACAUGUAAGGCCUUGGCAGGGGGUGCUCAUAGCGACAUUAUAGAUUUGGAGCGAGAGAAAUUGGUAAUAAAGAGGCAACGUCUUGAGAUUGAACAGAGCAGGCUCGACAUAGAACGGGAGCGCUUAGGUGUUGAGAAAAUCAUCAAGAACAGACUGGAGAAGAGGAAUCCACAUUUUACAUGA